CUUCAACUGAGCUCACAUCCCCUCCCCCCGAGGUCCAGCCUUUAAAUAGACCCCCCCUUCGACUCUAGGGCCUCGGUGUCGCAUCCCGCCGGAAAAUCCUCUUCACAAGUUCUCCUCCGACCCGAAGCCAAAGACAUGGAGCGUACCUUCAUCGCUGUGAAGCCCGACGGCGUCCAGAGAGGACUGUGUGGCGAGAUCAUCAAGCGUCUGGAGCAGAGAGGCUUCCACCUGGUCGCCGCUAAAUUCCUGCAGGCCUCUGAGGAUCACAUGAAGCAGCACUACCUGGACCUGAAGGACAUGCCCUUCUAUGGCGGACUCUGCAAAUACAUGUCCUCUGGACCCGUCUUUGCCAUGGUUUGGGAGGGUCAGAACAUCGUGAAGCUGGUCAGGAUGAUGCUGGGAGAGACCAACCCGGCCGACUCCAAGCCCGGCAGCAUCCGCGGCGACCUGUGCAUCAACAUCGGCAGGAACAUCAUCCACGGCAGCGACACCCUGGAGAACGCCAAGAAGGAGGUUGGCCUGUGGUUCAAACCUGAGGAGUUUGUCAACUAUACCUCCUGCUUCCAGCCCUACCUGUACGAGUAAAGAGCCAAUCAGGGAGCUGAGACAGCUGGAGCCCCUCCCACCUGUUCUUCAUCGAUCAAUCGGAGCAAACACUGAUCAAUAAAGUGUUCAAAACAUCGGUU